GACUUUAUGACGGAUGCCGCCUACAAAUGCGACCUUCGGAGGCUGCAGCCUUCCGAUUUAGAAGGGAAGUGAUCAUUCAUCCGAUCCAGCAGAUGGCGCUAACGUGUUUAAAUGACCUACGGAUGCCAAAAGAUUUCAGUUCAGUUAGAUUUAGAUCGGAAGAGCUGAACAUCACAGAAAGUGCAUAAACGACAUGUCAACGUCAAAGAAGAGAAGAGAAUCGGAUGAGGAAUAUGAAUCAAGAAAGCUUCCUAUUUACCAGCACAGAGACAAACUUAUUCAGGCCGUAAAGAAAAAUACAUUUCUGGUCGUUACGGGUGAAACCGGCAGCGGUAAAACCACUCAACUGCCACAGUACUUAUAUAAAGCAGACCUUUGCAAGCAUGGUAAAAUUGGGGUGACUCAACCGAGGAGGGUUGCAGCCAUCACUGUAGCCCAGAGGGUGAGUCAAGAGAUGGGUGUCAGACUGGGUGAAGAGGUCGGGUACCAAGUGCGCUUUGAUGACUGCUCAACAAAGGACACUAUGAUUAAAUACAUGACAGAUGGAUGUAUGCUGAGGGAGAUCCUUGCAGACCCCAGUUUAAAACAGUACAGCAUUGUGAUCCUGGAUGAAGCCCAUGAAAGGAGUUUGAACACUGAUGUUUUACUUGGGUUACUCAAAAAGACUCUGUCAAAGGGGUCCCAUGGACGUGAAACACAGCUGAAAGUGGUUGUGAUGUCAGCAACAUUAGAAACAGAAAAGCUAAGCUCUUUUUACGGGAACUGUCCUGUUUUCACCAUUCCUGGGCGUACUUAUCCAGUAAAGGACAAGUUCUGCAAUCUGAUUGGUCCAAAAGACAAAGAUAGUUCUGUCUAUGUUAAAGAGGUUGUGAAGAUGGCUUUAGAUGUGCACUCAAAUGAAGCAGCUGGAGAUAUUCUAGUCUUCCUUACUGGACAGGCGGAAAUCGAGAAAGCCUGUGAUCUGCUGUUUGAGAAAGCUGAGAUCUUAGACUACCGUUAUGAUGUCCAUGACCGGUCUGUUGAAGGGCUUCUUAUUCUACCUUUGUAUGGGUCAAUGCCAACAGAUCAGCAAAGGCAAAUCUUUCAGCCUGCACCGAAAGGUGUGAGGAAGUGUGUGGUGGCAACCAACAUUGCUGCAACUUCUCUUACGAUCAAUGGAAUAAAAUAUAUUGUUGACAGUGGAUUUGUGAAGCAGUUAAACCACAAUUCAAGGGUUGGAUUGGAUAUUCUUGAAGUGGUCCCUAUUUCAAAAAGCGAGGCUCAGCAAAGAUCCGGCCGAGCUGGACGAACUUCAGCAGGGAAAUGCUUCAGAAUUUACAGCAAAGAUUUCUGGGAUACAUGCAUGCCAGAAUACACCAUUCCAGAGAUUCAGCGCACCAGUCUUACAUCUGUUAUCCUAACACUGAAAUGUCUCGGAGUCCAUGACGUUAUUAGAUUUCCAUAUCUCGACUGUCCAGAGGAAAGGUUUAUCCUGACCGCUCUAAAGCAACUGUAUCAGUAUGAUGCAAUUGAUAGGAGAGGUGAAGUGACUAGACUGGGUCGACUGAUGGUUGAGUUCCCCCUUCCUCCUAAUCUCACUCGUGCACUUCUCAAAGCUGCUGCUCUUGGGUGUGAAGAUGUAAUGCUGUCUGUUGCUGCCAUGCUGUCAGUAGAAAAUAUCUUCAUUCGACCAGGUAAGACAGAACGAAGGAUGGAAGCUGAGAUCAGACAUAAAGAGAUAGCUGCUGGUGCCGGCGGCUCCAAUGAUUUCCUCAUGCUGCUCUAUGUUUUUGAGAAGUGCAGGGCGAGUGACAAUCCAUCAGUAUGGUGCAAAGAUCACUGGAUCCAUUGGAGAGCGGUCAAGUCAGCCUUCAGUGUUGAGACUCAGCUAAGGGAGAUUCUGUUACGGCAAAAGCAGCAGAAAGAUUUUCCACAUGAGACGUUUGAGGGCAGUCGGAGCGAGCUGCUGCGACAGUGCCUUUGUUUGGGAUACUUCACCAAUGUCGCCAGGAGAUCUGUUGGGAAAUCAUUCUGCACUAUGGAUGGACAUGGAUCCACAGUUCUUAUUCAUCCUUCAUCGUGUCUGUUCGGUCAAGAAUUGCAGUUGGACUGGAUCAUCUUCCAUGAUGUGCUGGUCACCUCACGCGUGUAUGUCAGGACAGUGUGUCCCAUCCGUUAUGAAUGGGUGCAGGACCUGUUGCCAAAGCUGCAUGAAAUAGACGUCUAUGAGUUGAGUAGUGUGGCGAGAGAGGAAGUAACGGAUGAAGAGAUGGCCCAGUGGGAAAAGAAAGAGGCAGCAAAACGACAAGCAGAGGCCUUAGGUGUAGCAGCAAAGAAACUGGAAAAAAGAAACGACGAAAGCUCAAUCACUGAUGCUCGUGCACGAUUUUUGCAGCGAAAACAGAAUCGGCUGCAAGGGAAGGACACGUGAGAGGAUGUGAGACUGUCGGAUAUUCAACACAGAUUGUGCAGCUGCUGAAUAUAGAUAUGAUUUUAUAAUCUUAAAUUUCUGAACAUAAUCCCUGGUUACAGCUAAAGCUGGGGGUUUUAGUCCCGUGGUCCCCUGUGGACUUCUGAAUAUGACUGAAAAGUCAAGGAAAUGAAAAAAAAAAUUAUAUUCUUACUUAUAUUUUU